UAUAAUUUUGAAUCUUAAAAUAAUUACCAAUUAUAUCUGUUUAUUUUCAAUUAAUUCAUAAUUUUCGUAAUCCUCAUACUAAAUUAUUUAAAGUGAAAAAGGAAAGAAAAGCUGACGCAAGCUCCGUAGGCCUAACUAAGCGUACAGAAAAAGACAAUGUUGGAAGAUAUCGCUGGUUUGAAAUCACCGGAUUUUGCGGCAACGGUGAAUGCGAUGCUGUUCUUUUUCUAGACAAAUACUAGAAAUGAGUGGGUCUAAUGGUGCUGUCAAUACUUUAUUAAAGUACCGUUUUGUGAAAAAGUCAGCCUCACAGAUCAGUCAUUCGGACUCACAGGAUCAAAAUGUGUGCAAUGUGUUUUCCAGAGAAAACAGCCACAAUUCCUUUGACAGUCAAGCAACUUACAUUUAUUCAAAUCAAAAUUCCUUUAACGGGAGCCAAGUUUCUAUGGAUAGUCAAGCAACUUUAGUUAACAGCCAAGGAUAUUUAGAUAGCUUUGAUAGCCAGAGUACUCAACCUUAUGGCUCACAGUACUCUUCCCAGCAUUCAGUGAGCAACAAUGCUGUUGGGAAUUCACCAUCCAGUCCAGUAUUUGAGUCCAGAACAAAUGCCAACCAUAAGAUAAUAAUAAAUCACUCAGCACCUUCAGAUUCUCCAGCUCCUGGACCUUGGGUGUCUAAGGCAAUAGGUCCUAUGGUAGUCAGCAGUAAUGGGAAUCGGGGGCAUAUACAAAGGGCAACGGCUCGAAGAGUACUUGAUUCCCAAGAAGAAAUGACACCACUUAACAACUCACCUUCAAAAGGAGAUGACAGUGAAGAUUUUUUCCAGCGCUUAAAGAAGAUGUUUCCUGAAAAAAGUGAAAAUAGGAUGAGGGCUGCUCUAAUUGUUUACCCUAGAGAUUUCAAUAAAGCUGUACAGUUUAUGGUGUCUGAGCCUUCACCAAAGCCAAAGUCUGGAGAAAAGCGUACAGUGCCAGAUUCUGAUGAAUUACCAGAAAUUCGGGGCAACUACAAAAGGAUUAAAAUGAUGCCGAGAUCCCCUUCACCUGUAAGAGUUCUCAGUGUGGACUUCUUAAAGGAAUCUUCAAAGUCUGAGUUGUUUCAAAAAGGAAUAGAAUUUUUACAAGGUUGCUUCCCAGCUAAAUCAGUUGAGCAUUUGCGCAAAGUUUUAGAAGCUAAUAAUGGAAAUACAGAAACUGCAGUGGAAGCCCUGACCAAUGAAGAUUCUGCUGAUGCCUUACUUGCACAGUCUUUAAGUGAAAAAGAAGCUGGACCCAGCUCAUCUGUUCGGAAUAUAGGGAAGCAAAACUCUGCAUUAAAAUCAAAUCUUUCCUCUUCAAAAGUUCGUAAGAAAAGUAAGAAAGAUAUUGAUCUCAGUGAUGAAGAUGAUGAUUAUGAUGAGUAUGACAACAGUGGGGAUAGUGAUGAUAGUGAGGAUCUAGACAACAAAACAAAAUCAGAGACAGACAAUUUUCUACAAUUUUUUGAGGAAGCAACAGUUGAGGAACUUACAGCUAUGCCAGGGUGUUCCAAAAAGAAAGCUGAAGUUAUUAUUUCUUUACGACCAUUCAAAACUUGGCAAAAGUUGCUGGAAGCAUUCAACACAGAAAAAAGUUUGUCUACCUCCCUUAUUUCUGGCUGUAAAGAGAUCAUGCAGGUGCGGAAUACCAUUCGACGGUUGAUGAUGCGUUGUGAAAGUAUUUCUCAGCAGAUGGGUCAAGUUGUUUCAAAACUUACCAAGCAUGGUGGGUCAUACAGUGAGAAAGACGACAAAAGAAUUACCAAACAGCCAGAUCUGCUGCCGAAAGAACUUGAGUUACAACCAUACCAAUUGAUAGGACUUAGCUGGUUGCGAAUCAUGCAUGAGCAGCAGCUCAACGGAAUUUUGGCUGAUGAAAUGGGGCUAGGAAAAACUAUUCAAGCCAUUGCUUUUCUGGCUCAUCUGAUGGAAGAAGGGGAGGAAGGACCUCAUGUUAUUAUUGUACCAUCUUCAACUAUAGAAAACUGGUUACGUGAGCUACAGAGGUGGUGCCCUACCCUAAAAGUUGUUGUAUAUUAUGGAUCUCAGGAAGAGAGGAGAGCUGUUAGACAUUCCAUAUUUUUUCAAGGGGAGGAGUUUAAUGUAUUGCUAACAACUUAUAACAUGGCUACUGGUGGGGUGGAAGACAGAGUGCUGUUUAAAAAAUUUGAAUUCCACUACGCUGUAUUUGAUGAAGGCCAUAUGCUAAAGAAUAUGUCAUCACUGAGAUUUCAGAACUUAAUGAAAAUUGCAGCAGAACGGCGUUUACUAUUGACUGGGACACCCCUACAGAAUAACUUGCUGGAGUUAAUGUCUCUUCUUUGUUUUGUGAUGCCUGAAAUAUUUCAAGGAAAAACUGACCAUUUAAAAAAAGUAUUUGCCAUGAUUUCUCGAUCUGAAGAUAAACAAAAGAGCCGAUUUGAAAAAGACAGAAUAGCCCAAGCAAAGAGAAUUAUGAAACCUUUUGUACUACGAAGGUUAAAACGUGAUGUUCUACAACAGCUCCCCAAAAAGACUGAGCGCAUAGAGAAAUGUUGCAUGAUUCCAGCCCAGCAAGACCUCUAUGACAGACUUGUGACCAAGUACUCACAGGAACUGAAGGAUGAUGAAGACACCUCAACUAUAGGAGGUGUUGGGAUAUUCAUGCAGUUUAGGAAAGCUGCUAACCACCCUCUGCUGCUACGCAACUUGUACACUGAUGAUCAGUUGAAAAAGAUGGCCAAGGAUAUAGCUAGAGAGCCUUCACACAAAGAAAGAGGAGCUCUGCCACAUCUUAUAGAAGAGGACAUGUCUGUCCUAAAUGAUUUUGAGUUGCUAAAUCUUUGUAAGCAGUAUAAGAAAUACCUUGGCAAAUAUUGUCUAGAUCAGUCUGUCAUUUUAGAUUCUGGAAAGUUUAGGAAACUUGAUGAGUUACUACCAGGAAUGAAAGAAAAGGGUGACCGUGUGCUACUGUUCAGUCAGUUCACCAUGAUGUUAGAUAUUGUAGAGCUCUACUUGGAAGAAAGAGGCCAUAAAUACAUCAGGAUGGAUGGUCAAACUCCUGUUCCUGACAGGCUGCAGCUGAUUGAUAGGUUCAACAAUGAACCCGACAUUUUUAUAUUUCUACUGUCAACACGAGCUGGUGGUGUGGGCAUUAACUUGGCUGCAGCCAACACAAUUAUCCUGCAUGAUAUUGACUUCAACCCAUACAAUGACAAGCAAGCUGAAGAUAGGUGCCAUAGACUGGGGCAGAAGAGGGAGGUAACUGUUGUGAAACUGUUGUGUGAAGACACAGUAGAUGAGGCCAUGCUGAGAUGUGCUAAUGAUAAGCUAGCUCUAGAGAAAGAUCUAACAGGCCCCACCAAUGACGGUGAAAGUGAAGAAAAUUCUAAAGAUGUAGCCAAUCUGUUGAAAGAGGUUCUACGAUCCAGACAGAAGAAGAAAGACGACCACAAUGAAAGUGGAAGUAGUCAGAAAGAAGUGCAGUUAUGACACUAGUGCCACUUAUUCAGCUAUGCCAAAAUGUUAUUUAUAACGAUAAUUCAAAGCUAGAAAUUGUCUGUUAAAUACACCAUUAAGUCACAUUAAUUGAUAAUUACUGCAGUAAAACUUUUUUCAUUCUUUUGUUCUUUACCUCUAAAUGUUUUGAUAAUUUCAAACUACUUAUCACAUUGAUUUAUUCAUGUAAACUUUUUUUGGUGUCAUGUUAGUAAAUUUGUGUAUGGAUAUUACAGCCAGCAGUGAUAAUAAAGUUACAUAACAGGCAGCUGUGUGAAAUUUGUUACUUUAGUCUUGUUUAAUGAACGAUUGUUACUUUAGUCUUGCUCUACGAACAAAAUAACUGUUACAAGUAGUAAUAAAGUAAUUUAUUGGAUUACAGGCAGUAAUGUUAUGCUAACUAAGCAUGUUAGAUUGUAGGCAAAAAUCAGAUGAGUUAGGCUUGUUGGUUGAAUGAAAUAAUUGAUUACAGGUAGUAACUUAAUGCUAAUUUCUUUACGGCUACUUUUCUAUGUCUUUUUUUUUUAUUCUUGUUUUUUUUCAUCAUUUUUUUUGUCCUUUCUGUUGCUUUUUGUGUUUGGGCUAUGUUUUUGUAAUGAAAUUUCAUCCUCUCAGAAUUACAUGGUUCUAAGUGAUGUUUUUGUGUAACUAAAGAAAUAUACUUUGGAAAAUAUAAGUUCUUGGAGUAAACUAUAGUUUGACAAAUAUUCUCCUUUCUUUGCACUAUGUUCCAUCUAUGAUUUAUUACAUCAAUAUAUUGCCAGGCUUUAAAAGGUCAAGCCUGUAAAGUGUGAGAAAAUAUAUUAUCCUACUUUUUAAUUGUCAAUAGAAUUUCACUUUAAAUUUUUAAAAAGGGUUUACUAUUCUCUAUACCUGUAAAGCUACUAAAGACAGAUGAAAAUGAAGGUUUUAGAGUAAAAAAUUAUUUAACUGUAUAAUAGAUACUUAUAAAAAAUUGUGUAGAAUUUUUUUUUUCUUUUUUCAUAUAUUUUAAAACAGCUUUUACUUUUACAUAAUUUCAUCACAUCAGUGAGUUUCAAGAAAUGUCUAUAAUUGUACUCUACCUAAAAGUCCCUUGAGUAAUUUUGUUUUGAAGAAUAUGUUUUGAUGAUUUUCAUAUAUCCUAUACCUAAUUUUUUGUUAGUUUAUGAAAAUGAAAUACUAAACUUUUAAAACAUGUAUUUUAGAUAAACUGUCCAAUAAUAUUGGAUUCCUUAUAAUUCCCAAUCUUUACUGAAAGUUGGAAUUUUUUUAAAUUUCUGGUUUUCGCUAU